AUGACUGCGAUCAAGGCGGCAUUCCUAGUGCUCUGCCAGCUCUUCUGUCUCGCCUUCGCCGUCGACCCCACCGUCGACUUGAUUUAUAGCAGAUACAUCGGCGUACCGACAUCGAGAAACGUAACCCAAUGGCUCGGCCUUCGCUAUGCCGCCCCGCCCGUCGCCAACCUGCGAUUCAUGCCGCCGCAAGAUCCGCCAUUUAAUCGUACUACGACAAGAGCAGACAAGCGCGGGAAAAUAUGCCUGGCGACGGGUGCUUCUCCGUCUGACACGGCAACGUCGGAAGACUGCUUGUUCAUCGAUGUGUUUGCGCCGACCAACGCCACGGUGUUUUCGAAGUUGCCUGUCUACUUCUUUAUCCACGGCGGGGGGUUCAACGCCAAUAGCAACUCGCAGAUGAACGGGACGGCGCUCAUAGAAGCAAGCGGACACUCGAUCAUCGUAGUCACCUUCGGCUACCGAGUCGGGCCGUAUGGCUUCAUCACCAACGGCGAUAAGAUCACGCCGAAUAAUGGUCUGCGUGAUCAGCGGAAGGCCCUUCAGUGGGUAAAGCGGCACAUUUACAAGUUCGGCGGAGAUCCCAACCACAUAGUGAUCGGCGGGGACUCGGCCGGCGCGGCGAGCGUCAGCCUCCAAAUGGUGGCCUACGAGGGUAGAAACACCGGGCUUUUCCACGCCGCUGCCGCAGAGUCCGUAUCGUUUGCCACCGUCCUGACAGUGCAGGAGAGUCAGUAUCUGUACAACAAUUUUACGGAGCGCCUAGGUUGCACAGGCACCGAUUCACUUUCGUGUUUACGAUCUAAGACCGCGGCAGAGCUACAAGCGAAGAACUCGGGCAUGCCGUACCCGGGCAUGGACGCACCGCCGUUGUACACAUGGAACCCGGUCAUCGAUCACGACCUCAUUACCGAUUAUACGUAUAACUUGUUCGCGGAGGGCAAGUUCGUCAAGGUGCCCGUGAUAUACGGUGACGACACGAACGGCGGAACUACGUUUACGCCGCGAGACGCGUCAACGCUCGCGCAGGGCGAGGCCUUCCUACGGAGGCAGUUCCCGUACCUGACCUCGGAGCACCUCGACGAGAUCAGUUCGAUGUACCCGAACCCGAACAACAGCAGCUGCCCCGGUUCGGGCUGCUACUGGCGCCAGGUCAGCGACGUCUACGGCGACAUGCGCUACAUGUGCCCUACGCUGUACAUCUCGUCGGCCAUGACCCGACACGGCAUGGGCCGCUCCUACAGCUACCGCUACAACGUCGAGGACCCUCAGCAGAUGCAGCAGGGCCUUGGCGUGCCUCACACCAUCGAGAUACACGCCAUCUGGGGGCCCGGGAACGCAGGCGGUGGCGCGCCGGCGAGCUACUAUGCGAACGGCGUCAACGCGGCGAUUGUCCCCGUUAUACAGGCCUACUGGACGAGUUUCAUACGCUCCUUUGACCCAAACAAGUAUAAGCAUCCGGACUCAGCUGUUUGGGGCACGUGGAGCGACGAGAAGCAAAACCGGCUGCUGUUUGACACCGGCGGCAAGACGAGCAUGGAGACGGUAGAUGACGACACGCAAUACCGCUGUAACUACCUGACAGGGAUAGGUGUUGAUAUCAGGCAGUAG